AUGUUGACCGACCUAUUUUCCGUGCCCAUCUUCCUCGUCGUCUUUCGCGAGACGCUGGAGACGGCCAUCAUCGUGUCCGUACUUCUCGCAUUCCUGAAGCAAACGCUGCGCAGGCCGGGCGAGGAACAGCAGCUUCACAACACGUUUCGCCGACAGGUAUGCGCCGCCCGGGCCCCACGUAUGGCUCGGCACGGCCGUCGGGUUCUCCAUCUGCAUGAUCAUCGCCGCCGGCAUCAUCGGCAUCUUUACGGCUGGGGCAAGGAUGCAUGGGGUGAGCAAGAGUACUACUACGAGGGCAUCUUCUCCCUCAUCUCCUCCGUCGUCAUCACCAUCAUGGGCGUCGCGCUGCUGCGCAUCGGGCGCAUGCAGGAGAAGUGGCGCGCCAAGCUGGCCAAGGCCAUCGAAGCCCCCAUCACCUCCGCCGUCGGCCAGCCGUGGUUGAAGCGCGUGUUUGAAAAGUAUUCCAUGUUCAUCCUGCCCUUCAUCACGAUCCUGAGGGAGGGUAUCGAAGGCAUCGUUUUCGUCGCUGGCGUUUCGUUUUCGGCGCCCGCGAGCGCUAUCCCUCUCGCGGUGCUCGCUGGUCUAUUGUUGGGAACGGCUGUCGGAUACGUCAUCUAUAUGGGUGGUUCCAUUGCCAAAAUCCAGACAUUCCUCGUCUUCUCGACGUGUUUCCUCUAUCUGAUUGCCGCUGGCCUGUUUUCUCGCGCCUUUUGGUGCUUCGAGACGCAGCAGUGGAAUAAGGUUAUCGGGGGUGAUGCGGCGGAGCUCGGAGAUGGUCCGGGAUCUUACGAUAUCGAUAGGAGUGUGUGGCACGUUAACUGCUGCAGCCCCAAGCUAAAUGGCGGGGGUGGAUGGGGCGUCCUGAACGCCAUCUUUGGUUGGACCAACUCCGCGACUUAUGGGUCGGUUAUCUCCUACAACCUGUACUGGGCAGUGGUGAUUUCGGCGUUCGUCGUCUUGAGAUACCGGGAAGCCCACGGCGGGGUUGCCCUUCCGCAAGAUUCGAAUUCCUUCGCCAUCACCCUGCGGAGAGUGAGGACCCACCACGACUAA